AACAUUGCAAUCGUGCAGGAAAAUGCGGAAUCGGUGAUAUUGCGGGUUCGGAAAAGAGGUGAGAAAGCGCAUAAAUUGUAAAAUAUUAAGCAUCAGUCUGUAAAAUAUUGGGCAAAUCAACAAAAUCGCUGGUUGAUUGUGUAACUGUAAUCAUCCACAACAUCGCUACAUUCGUAGAUGAUACGGCAGUUUUGUCUUCAUGCGAGCGUAAAGUGCUAAUUAGAAGCAACUUAGUCCGAACGUACCUCCCACUUCAAGAUGGAAGUACCACUAGAAACGACGAACCAUGUGGUGCCGGAGGUGAAAUAUGAAUAUCUGGACCACACGGCGGAUGUGCAACUGCACGCCUGGGGCGAAACGCUGCAGGAAGCGUUCGAGCAGUGCGGGAUGGCCAUGUUCGGCUACAUGACCGAGCUGCCCAAGGUGGAGAUACAGAAAUGCUACCAAAUCGUGACCGAUCCGACGGACGAUUUGGAAAACCUGCUGUACCGGUUUCUCGACGAGCUGCUGUUUCUGUUUUCGGCGGAACCGUUCCUAAUCUGCAAGAAGCUCGAGAUAACGCGGUUCGAUCUGGAGCAGUUCACGAUCGAGUGUAACUGCUACGGCGAGGAGUUCGAUCUGGCCAAACAUCCGCAGGGCACGGAGGUGAAAGCGAUCACGUACUCGGCAAUGCAAAUCUACCAGCAGCCAGAGCAUGAGAAGAACGAAGUGUUUGUUAUAAUCGAUAUAUGAGGGUAGAAUUAAAAUGGAGCUGAGCUUA